AUGUCUAUGGAAAUCGAUCCCCCCGAGCUGAGCUUCAAGCGGCCCUUCAGCCAGGAGGUUUGCCAGGUCCUGCAUCUGCGCAACCUGAACGAGGAGGCCGUGGUGUUCAAGGUCAAAACCACCGCCCCGAAGCAUUACUGCGUGCGCCCCAACUCCGGCCGUAUUGAGCCCGGCAAGGCUGUCGAUGUUCAGGUUCUGCUGCAGGCCAUGAAGGAGGAGCCCGCUCUGGACGCGAAAUGCAAGGACAAAUUCCUGGUUCAGUCUGUGUCGGUCACUCGUGACAUGGAGUUUGCGAACGUUACGUCGAUCUUCGAGAAAACCCCCAAGUCUUCCGUGGUGGAACGCAAGAUCCGCGUGAACUGGCUGCCAUCCGAUGCUACCGUAGGCUCCGGCGCAGGCCAGACCGUCGACGACGAGCCCCCAGCUUACACCUCCCCCGGCGGAAACUUCGAAACCCCCGCCCCAGGUCUGUCGACGAAGAAGAGCACCGACGACACCUCUCCGCUCCCUCCUCCCAAUUUCUCCGAGAAGCCCGUCAAGCUCGAGCCCUCCCCCCAGCCGUCGCAAGAGAACUUCAGCUCGUCCACCGCAACCGCCAAGUCCGCCGUGGCCGGCGCUUCUCAAUCCACAAGUGAAAUGCAGGCUCAGCUCUCCGAUGCACGAGAACAGAUUCAGCGGCUCAAGGACCGCCUGGCAGAUCAGGGCUUGCGGCAGCGGAAGACUGGCGCGGAGGCUGGCGGCAAUGCUCCCCCGCCACUAUGCAGCAGCAGCAUUCGCAGACCGCGUCGGGCGUACCACUCCAGAUCGUGGCGGGUUUGUGUCUACUCAGCUUCUUGA